CUUCUGCCGCCGCGAUGCUGAGCAUGGAGGGCUUCGUGGGGGCGAGAGCUCUGGGUGAGGAAUCGCUGCAGAUGUGGGACCUCAACAAGCGCCUGGAGGCCUACCUGGCUCGCGUCAAGUUCCUGGAGGAGGAGAAUGAGGGGCUUCGAGCUGAGAUCCAGAGCACCAAGGAGAACCCGGCCGGGGACCCACGCAGGGCCAGGUAUGAGGAGGAGCUGCGGUCGCUGCGGGAUGCGCUGCACCGCGCCUUCACCGAGAAGUGUGCGGCCGAGCUGGCCAGGGACAACCUGUAUGAGGAGGUGCAGCAUGUGAGGAGCAGGUGCCAGAAGGAGCAGGCAGCCCGCGAGGAAGCCAAGAGGCAGCUGUCCUCCAGCAAGAAGGAGCUGGAGGAGGAGAGACGGGCGCAGAUCUGGCUGAAGGAGAGAGCCGUGCAGCUGGAGAAGGAGGUGGAAGCUCUGCUGGAGGUGCACGAGGAGGAGAAAGCAGGGCUGGACCAGGAGCUCGCCAGCUUCUCUCAGAGCCUGGAGGGCUUCCGCUGUGCACCGGUGGCAUUCCAGCCCGUGGAGGUGGAGGACUACUCCAAAAGACUGUCAGAGAUCUGGAGAGGGGCGGUGGAGACCUACAAGGCAGAGGUGUCACAGCUGGAGCGUGCACUUGGCCAAGCCAAGGAGAACCUCUGGCAGGUGGCAGAGGACAACCAACAGAGCCAACUGCAGCUGCGGCACCUGGAGAAGGAGCUGGUGGGGCUGAAGGUGCGGAAGGAGAUGCUGGAGGAGAGCCUGGGCCAGCAGUGGCAGGAGCAGCACGGAGAGGCUGAGAAGUUCCAGCUGGCCAUCGAGGCCCUGGAGCAGGAGAAGCAGAGCCUGCAGGUGCAGAUCGCCCAGGUGCUGGAGGACAGGCAGCAGCUCAUGCACCUCAAGAUGUCCCUCAGCCUGGAGGUGGCAACCUACAGGACACUGCUGGAAGCAGAGAGCACCCGGCUGCAGAUGCCGCCCGGGGAGUUCAAGCUGGCCAACAGCCUGCGAGAUGUCAAGCUGGAGGCGAGCAGCAGCAAGCACCGUGCCAGCCUUGCUGCCUUCCCCCGGCCUGAGGGGGUGGCACAGCUGUGCAGAACCCCUGGUGAUGCCCUCAAGGUGCUGACCCCCAAAAGCAAGAGCUCCAGUGCACUGGAGUUCCAGAAAAUCAGCUCGGUCCUGCAGGCACCGAGGAGCUGGGAGCCUGCUGCCCCCAGCCCCACUGUCCCAGUGCUGUCCCCAGAGCCAGGCAGUGGGGGGGCAGAGAGCCCAGUCCAUGAGUGUGGGGCUGGCAAGGAGUCCCCCAUGCUGAGCCCACUGAGUCCUGAACAGCUGGUCAGCCACGCGCUGCAGGAUGCUCUCAAGGAGAUGCAAGAUGAUGCUGAGGCCAAAGAAGUGCCCACACUCAGUGCCACCCAGAGUACCAGGGAUGGGGAUCUUGAAGCCACCAUGGAGGAGGAGGAGGCUGCAGGAACCCAGGGGGUGGGUGCUGAGGGUGAAACCGUGUCCCCACCUGGGCUGUGUCUCUGCAGCAACGAGCCUACAUUGCUAAGUGCCACCCAGAGUGAUGCAGAGAGCCAGGAGGAGAUGUGGGAGGAGGAGAGGAGCAAAGAGGAGAUGCUGAACCCACUGAGCUCCAUGGAGAGCCAGGAGCCAGGGGGAGAGCCCUGGGGAGGGGACACAAGGGGGUCCAGGCUGCAGGUGGGCAAGGAGGACAUGGAGGCCACCAGCACAGAGGCACUGCACGUCUCAGAGAAAAAGGAGCAGAGGGAAAUCUGGAGCCCCUCCAGGGAGGAUGAGGAAUGUGAGUUCCCAGAUGAGGAGAGGGAAAUGCAAGAAGAAGGGUCCCUGCAGAUGGAAAUCGAAGCUGCUUGUGCUGUCCCUGUGGGGAGCCACCCAGUUUUGCCAACAGGAAUCCACUUGCAAGAGGACUUCCUUGAGAGAGAGCAGGAGUCUGAGCACCAGGAGAUGUCCCUGGGUGAGCUGGGUGCUGCAGCAGGGGAGGAGAGGGAGCAGGAGGUGUGUCAGGAGCUGAAGGCUUCUAGCAUUGAAGAGGCCAUGCCAGCAGCAGAGGGCUCAUCAGGGUCUGGAGAAGACACCACAGGAAGGGAGAGCACAGGCAGAGCAAGGGAUGAUGAGGGAGAAGAGGAAGAUAAAGGAAGGGAGGCAUUAGGGGAAGAUGACCCCCAGGCAGGGGAGGCUUUGGGAGCCAAAGAGCUCGGGCAGGAGACCAUGGGCUUGGAGGAGGCUGAGGGCAUGUGGGAGGAAUCUGUGGACCUGCAGGAAGAACAUAGAGACCUUCAGGAGGGACAUGGGGACCUGCAGGUGGAGCAUGAGGACCUGUGGGAGGAACACGGGCACAUACAGGAGGAGCAUGGGGACACCCAGGAGGAAUAUGGGGACACCCAGGAGGAACAUGGGGACCUGCAGGUGGAAGGUGGGGACCUGCAGGAGGAGCAUGGGGACACCCAGGAGGAGCAUGGGGACCUGCAGGUGGAGCAUGAGGACCUGCAGGUGGAGCAUGGGGACCUGCAGGUGGAGCAUGAGGACCUGUGGGAGGAACACAGGGAUGUACAGGAGGAGCAUGGGGACACCCAGGAGGAAUAUGGGGACACCCAGGAGGAACAUGGGGACCUGCAGGUGGAAGGUGGGGACCUGCAGGAGGAGCAUGGGGACACCCAGGAGGAACAUGAGGACCUGCAGGAGGAGCAUGGGGACACCCAGGAGGAGCAUGGGGACCUGCAGGUAGAACAUGGGGACCUGCAGGAGGAACACAGGGACCUGCAGGAGGGGCAUGGGGACCUGAAGGAGGAGCAUGGGGACCUGCAGGUGGAACAUGAGGACCUGCAGGUGGAACAUGGGGACCUGCAGGUGGAGCAUGGGGACCUACAGGAGGAGCAUGGGGACACCCAGGAGGAGCAUGGGGACACCCAGGAGGAGCAUGGGGACCUGCAGGAGGAGCAUGGGGACCUGCAGGAGGAACAUGGGGACCUGCAGGAGGAGCAUGGGGACCUGCAGGUGGAACAUGGGGACCUGCAGGUGGAGCAUGGGGACCUACAGGAGGAGCAUGGGGACACCCAGGAGGAACAUAGGGAUCUGCAGGAGGUACAUGGAGACCAGCAGGAGGAACACAGGGACCUGCAGGAGGAACACGGGGACCUGCAGAAGGGGCAUGGGGACCUGCAGGGGGAGCAUGGGGACCUGCAGGUGGAACAUGGGGACCUGCAGGAUGAGUAUGGGGACACCCAGGAGGAACAUAGGGAUCUGCAGGAGGUACAUGGAGACCAGCAGGAGGAACAUAGGAACCUGCAGGAGGGGCAUGGGGACUUGCAGGAGGGGCAUGGGGACCUGUGGAAGGAACAUGGGGUCUUGAAGGAGGAGCAUGGGGACCUGCAGGAGCGGCAUGGGGACCUGCAGGAGGAAUCUGGGGACCCUCAGGAGGAACCUGGGGAACCUUGGGUGCAGCAUGGGGAGCAAGGCUCUGCAGGGGAUGGGCUGGAGCAGGACAUGGUGCUGCAGCCAGGAGAGGGGGCAUGGGGCAGGGAAGACAAUGACAUCAGUCAAAAGCAGCAAGCACAGGACUGGGAAGGGACAGCGGAGGAUGAAGAGGAGACAGGAGUCAAUACCAUCACAUCCCAAGAGCCAACCCAGGUGGAUGACAACCCACAUGCAGAGGCAGCAGAAAAUGAGGAGAGGGAUGUCACAUCACCAACAGCAAUGGAGGAAACCCAGGAGGGUGAGGAUGAGGGAGAUGCUGGGAGUGAGGUGCAGAGCCAGCAGCAGCCACAGGACACGCCAGGACAGGAGGCUGAGCUGGCCCCAGGGCAGAAGGAGGUCAGGUAUGGGGACACUGGGGAGGCACCAGGGGACCCACAGGAGCCAGCUGAGGCACUGGAGGUGGAGGAUGAGGAGCUCAGCUCAGAACCCAUUGAGCUGGAGAGAGGUAGCCCCGACACUGCAGUGAUGCAGCAGGAUCUGGGCAAUGGCGCAGAGAGUGAUGAGCCCAUGGAGGAGGACUUUCAGUCAGAGGAUGCUCAGCUGGAGGAGCCCAAGGCAUGCAGGAUGGAAUUAGAAGACACGCUGCUCAACAGCACGCCACUAUGUGCAUACAGCGGGGAGAUGCUGGAGUCUGAUCCAAACCCUCCAUCCAGCGGAGGGGAUGGGGAAGCAGCACCUGAAAUGGCUCAGGAGGAGGAAGGGGAGCUGAGAGGGAGCGAUGAGGCAACGGUUCAUGCAGAGCCAGAGAGCUGUGAGGAGCUGAGCCCUGCACCACAAUGCACCGAGGAGGAGGAAGGGUACUUUAUAGUUUCUGCUCCCAGCCAAGAGGGGUCCAGCAUGGAGGAAGCUGAGAACUCAGAGGAAUUUGAAGAAAUUAAAGUUGAAGCAGCAGAAGACAGAAAGGAUGAACUAACAGCGCCUGGAGUAGCAUCUUUGGUGCCAGAGGAUGAAGGGCACUCGGAGCCAUUUGUGGGGGAAGCUGAAGAUGUGAAAAUGCCCCUUGGGGAAUUUGAGAUGCCAAAGGAGGAGGAUGAGGAGGAUGCAGGGGGUUUUGCUGCUGAGCUGGAGGAAGGACUGACUGUGCCCGUGGCUGAGGGGCUGUCUGAGGGGCACACUGAUAACACCACCCUGGGUGAUGAGGGGCUGGGGGAGGAGGACGAGCAGGAUGGUGACAACCCCCCGGCCACUGAGACCUCCAACACUGAUCCCUCCAACACUGACCCACCUCCAGGCACCAUGCUGGAGCAUGGAGCUGGCAUGGAGGCGGCUGAAUAUCUCCCCGAUGUGCCCACGCAGCUGCCAGUGGACAUCAUGAAGGACUCGGAUAUUCUGGAGAUAGUAGAGCAAGCCCUGGAGUUCAAUCAGGAGCUGGUACUGGGAGCCAAGCUGGCCAAGGAUGGGCAGGAGGAGGAUGGUGACGCACAGCCCCCACAAGAGGAGGAAGGGGGGUCCUCACCCACCUCGUCCAGCGAUGAGCAGCCAACGGUGCAGGAGGCGGUGGCAGAGCCAGAGCGCACCAAGAACGGGGAGCAGAAUGGGCUGCACCGGCAGGCCAGCCUGGAGGACCUGGCUGAGUUCACCGAGGAGGGGCUGAAUGGCAUCACCCACCCUGGGGAAGCCCCUGCUGCCCACACCCUGCCCCUGCCCAGCAAGCACAGUGGGGCUGAGCCUGUCCCUGAGCUGUCUCCGCUGCAGGACCACGUCCUGCGCCCGGAGCAGGAGCCCUGGUCCUCUGGGGAGGAGUGAUGGUGGUGGGACCCCACAGCCCCGCGACAAUCGGACGCCUCCCAUAGCACUGCCUACGUAGCACACCCAUUUCCCUUUGGUUUGUAACAUGUUUGUGUGGGUUUUGCCUUGUUGAACGGAUGCCCGGCGCACGGCAGCGCAGCUGAGUGAGGGGCCACGACUUCACACCUCGGAGCAAAGAACCAGGCUCUCUCUCUCUCUGCCUCCAGAUCCCACACUCGUGCUGGGUUCAGCCUCAUUUUGUACCCCAGGUGCACUCUUUACUGCAGUGUUUAAUUUAAACCCUGCGUCUCCUCCUUCCCCACUCAGCCUGGCCAGGUGCACGCAGUGUGAUUUCCAUACAGGCUCACCUUUGCGCUGCACACUGGGAUGGAUGUCCGUCCCCAAUGCUCACAGCGCUGAGCUACACCGGAUGCAUCCGCUGCAUUGACACUAAGUUAAUAAAGCAUCGCCCUCCCACUCUGA